AUGGACUCCGGUAAUCUCGUUUCGCUGGAUGCCCACGAAAAGUCUGAGAUUGUGUGGGAGAAUUUCGCACACCCGACAGAUACAUGGUUGCCUGGCAUGAAGAUGUGGAAGGGCAUGAAGUUAACUUCGUGGAAGAGUUCUGUGUAUCCUGCAAUUGGGCUUUUCUCUAUUGGAAUGGACAUUUCCCAAGGAAAGACGCAGUUGCAUCCUCUCACGGCGCGGCUAGUGAUGGACACGAACGGAGAAUACCGAACUUACUUCUGGAUGGAUGACAGUAAAUGGAGUUUGGUUUGGUCGACACACCGGGAUCAAUGCGGUGAAUAUGAUAUCUGUGGGGCUUACGGAGUGUGCAAUGCGAAUUAUGUUUGUAGUUGUGUUGAUGGCUUUACGCCCAAGCACCCACCUCAAAGCUGGGGGUCAAACGGCUGUACUCGGCAAAGACCGCUGCAAUGCUCUGCCACAGAGGGAACCACCGACGGCUUCCUGGAAGCCAAUAACCAAUACUUGCCCGAAGAAGAAGCGGUCUCAUACAAUGAACCAACACAGCAGGAUUAG